GAUCAAUCAACUAGAAUGGGAAAAUCAUCAAAAGAUAAAAGAGAUGUUUAUUAUCGACUUGCGAAAGAAGAAGGUUGGCGUGCGAGAAGUGCUUUUAAAUUAUUGCAAUUAGAUGAAGAAUUCAACUUUUUACAAGGUGUAAAAAGAGCAGUAGAUCUUUGUGCAGCACCAGGCAGUUGGUCUCAAGUGCUUUCUAAGCGUUUAAGCGAAAAUCACAAACAAACGCCUAAUGAACCAGAGCCAAAAAUUGUGGCUGUUGACUUACAAGCCAUGGCACCUUUAGAAGGAGUCAUUCAACUUCAAGGUGAUAUUACUAAAAAAUCCACUGCAGAAAAAAUCAUUUCUUAUUUUGAUGGUGAAAUGGCUGAUAUCGUUAUUUGUGAUGGCGCACCUGAUGUGACUGGUCUUCAUGAUAUGGACGAAUACAUUCAAGCUCAAUUAUUGCUAGCUGCCCUUAAUAUUACAACUCAUGUUCUUCGUCCUGGUGGAACAUUUGUAGCGAAAAUAUUCCGUGGUAAAGACAUUACUUUACUUUAUAGUCAACUGAAGAUAUUCUUUCCAACAGUGACAUGCAGUAAGCCUAGAAGUUCACGUAAUUCAAGUAUAGAGUCUUUCAUCGUAUGUCAGAACUAUCAACCACCACCAGGAUAUACACCAACUAUGGCCAAUCCUUUAUUAGAUUUACAAUAUGAUUCUAUGAACGAAUUAGUAGGACCUAACAGAACAAUUGUACCCUUUAUUGCCUGUGGCGAUAUAAACGGUUAUGAUUCAGAUAGAACUUAUCCUUUGCAGGCUACUUAUAAGCAAUUAGAUCCUUUACAGCCUCCAAUUACUGCACCUUAUAAAACAGCAAUGGAAUUGAAAAGAAACAAUUUUUUCAAAAAAUAAGGAGAUACGUAUUAUUAAAAAGAAACUGGAUUUUUUUUUUUUUUUUUUUUU